UUAGGGGUGGAAAGUGCCAAAAUACUAGUUUCAAGGGUGCAAAAUAAAAUUAAGCUCUUUGUUACAACCACGUUAUUUAUGCCCAACCGAAAAUCCAAUAUUUUUGUAAUCCAAAUAAAAAGAAUUGUGUUUGCACCCAAAAGAAAAGAAUAAAACAUUAAUUAAAAAGGGGAAAAACAGAAUUGAACGUAUAUAAAAGCGUCCACGUAAGUAAAAUCCGUAUUCACCAACCAAAAAUCGCAAAAAUCAAACACCUAAUAAAAAAAAAAAACCACCGUACAACCGAAUCUCCGCCGUACAGUACAGCGUUUUCCGGCAGUCCAUAUGGCGGGGCAAUCGCGAAAGUGGAUGAUUCUGGUGGCGACGAUUUGGAUUCAGGCGUUCACGGGGACGAAUUUCGAUUUCUCGGCGUACUCGUCGGAGAUGAAGGCGGUCCUCGGCGUGUCUCAGGUGCAGCUCAAUUACCUCGCCACCGCGUCGGAUCUCGGCAAGGCGGUGGGUUGGUCGUCGGGGCUGGCGCUUAUGUGGCUGCCGCUGUGGGCGGUGAUGUUCACGGCGGCGGGUAUGGGGUUGAUUGGGUACGGCGCCCAAUGGCUCGUGAUCAGAAACGUGAUUUCGCUGCCGUAUUUUGGGGUAUUCUUACUAUGCUUAUUAUCCGGAUGCAGCAUCUGUUGGUUCAACACAGUCUGCUUUGUCCUCUGCAUAAAAAACUUCCCAUCAAACAGACCACUCGCUCUUGCCCUCACAGUGAGUUUUAACGGCCUAAGCGCAGCCCUAUACAACCUUGCUGUGAACUCCCUAAACCCUUCAUCGCCGGCCCUCUAUCUCCUCCUCAACGCACUAAUCCCUCUCUUCACGUCAUUAGCCGCACUAAUCCCAAUCCUCCGCCAACCCCCGCUCGAUCCGCUAGCCACCGACAUCACUAAGCGCGAUCAAUUCUCGUUCCUUAAGCUAAACACGUUAGCCAUAAUCACGGGCCUGUAUCUUUUAUUCCUCCACCCUUCGGAUUCUUUAAAGGCUGGAUAUUUAUUCUCUGGUGCCAUUUUUCUUUUGAUUCUACCAUUGGGCAUACCUGGUGUUGUGUACGCUCGGAAUUGGUUUAAGCAAAACAUUUAUUCGAGCUUCACUCUUCAUGGGUCGGGAUUUAUUCUCGUUGAUGCUGAUGAUUUGGAACUGCAUAAAGAGCUUUUGAGUCGUCAUAAUAGCGUAGCAAAUGGAGUAACCCUAAAUUACUCUGAUAAUAUUAAGUCUGAAGACGAUAAUAUAGGUGGUGACGGUUUUUUGUGUGAGGCUUUGAUUGAGAAAGACCAGCUGGCGAUGCUUGGGCAAGAGCAUAGUGCUCGAAUGCUCGUUCGGAGGUUGGAUUUUUGGCUGUACUAUAUUGCGUACUUUUGCGGGGGUACUAUCGGUCUUGUUUAUAGUAAUAAUCUUGGCCAGAUUGCGCAGUCGCUUGGGCAUAGUAUGAUGACUUCGAAGCUUAUCACAAUUUAUUCGUCGUUCUCCUUUUUCGGCCGCCUGCUUUCUGCUGCUCCAGAUUUCGUUCGAACGAAGGUCUACUUUGCAAGAACCGGAUGGCUAGCCAUAGCUCUUCUCCCGACACCAAUCGCCUUCUUUCUACUCGGUGCAUUAGGGGGCGACCCCUUUGCAUUAGAAGCAGGCACAGCCCUAAUUGGGCUAAGCUCCGGUUUCAUAUUCGCAGCUGCAGUUUCGAUAACUUCCGAGCUUUUCGGACCAGAAAGUGUUGGUGUCAACCACAACAUUCUAAUCACAAAUAUUCCCAUCGGAUCGCUCGUUUAUGGAUUUUUAGCUGCAACGGUUUACGACUGGAGUGCAGUUUCCGGUCUAGGGCUAAUGGCUGAUUCGGUUGUGUGCAUGGGGAUUAAGUGCUAUUUCUAUACGUUUGUUUGGUGGGGAUGUAUCUCUCUUUUGGGGUUGAUUUCGAGUGUGGUGUUGUAUUUGCGAACGAGGUUUGCUUACGAGAGAUUCGAACAGACUCGAAGAUCGUCCUCCAUUGGAUCGUAUUAGCGGAACUGUGAUCGGAUUACAUUAUUACUCCGUGUUUGGCAAUGUGUACAUAAUAUUCAAUUAUAGUAGUUCCAUAUUGAAUAUAGAAUAUACAGUAUAUAUAUAUCAAUGAGAAAAAUAUCUUAUUCUGCACUAGUUUUUUUUUUAUUCUUAUUUAGUAGUUUUGAUGAUGAUUAUACAUCUUGCACAACCGAAUUUUAGUAUUUUCGUAUUUUUUGCAAUUAUUUCUAUUGAUCUUCCGUAAUGUACUCGUAUCGUUUUCAUCAUUGACCGAUAUUUUGGAAGUCGA